GGCCCCCGCGCGCGUCAGUUCGCUCGCGUAGCUCGUGCAGGAAGGACGUACAGCUUGUCGCUAAAGUUUCGCGUGUGACUGACCGUGCGGAUUGCUCCAGUGUUGUUAGUGGCUAGUGGAGUGUUGUGUUGGUGUGCAGACGAUGCUUGGUGUUUGACGCGGGCAUGUAUCCAAGCGCGGGCGCGAUGAACGCCGCCGCCGCCGCAGCUGCCGUGGCGGCCGCCAGGCAUCCGGGUCCCCCCCAGCCCGGGCAACCCAUCAAGUUCACGGUGGGGGAGUCCUGCGACCGGAUUAAGGAAGAGUUCAACUUCCUCCAGGCGCAAUAUCACAAUUUAAAAUUAGAAUGCGAAAAGCUGGCUAGUGAAAAAAUUGAAAUUCAAAGGCAUUAUGUUAUGUACUAUGAAAUGUCUUACGGCCUCAAUGUGGAAAUGCACAAGCAGACGGAAAUAGCGAAAAGGCUGAAUGCAAUAAUAGCACAAAUCCUACCGUUCCUGUCACAAGAGCACCAACAGCAGGUGGCCACGGCCGUGGAGCGGGCGAAACAGGUCACCAUGACUGAACUCAACGCAAUCAUUGGGCAACAAAGGCCGGACCUGCCGCGGCUGCUGCAGCAGAUGCAUGCGGCGCACCUACCGACGCACGGCGCGCCGCCGCUGCCGCUGCUCGGGCAGGGCGCGCUGCCGCCCGCGGGGCUGCUGGGGCUCGGCGUGCCGCACCACCCGCUCUCCGUGCUGGCCAAGCCGCCCGACCUACACCGGCCCGAUGACAAGGGGAACGGUAUCAGCUCUGCAGAGGAGAGGCAUAGAAAUUCCAUAUCACCCGGUGAAAGAGAAAAGUACCGGACGAGAAGUCCGGCUGAACCUGACCAUAAGAAAUUGAAGAAGGAAGAAAAAGACAUGGGCCAUGAACUUGUGGUAGACGACGCGAGUGAAGAGCCCACGUCGCCGCACAACGGAGCGCCCUCUCCCCGAGAAAAUGGUCUCGACAAGCUGCAGCCCAAGAAGGAGCACCCACCUCAUAGCCCUAGGUCAGGCACGUCAAGCAACGCCUCAACGCCGUCAGCAAAAAAGCUCGAUGAGAAGCCAAGCACGCCGAUCUCCAAGCCCGUGACGCCGACUUCAGGCGCGAGCGGCGCGGGCGCGGCCGGGGCUCCUCUCAAGGCCGCGGUGAAGCCCCCCGCGCUGCAGUACCCGUAUCUAGGCAACGGUGCGCAUGACGCGUACGGCCUGGCGGGGUACUCGGCGCGAGCUGCGCUGGCGUAUGAGCCUUUGCGCCCGCCGAUUGGACCGGCGGCGUUGGCGCCCAUUCCUGGUGGCAAACCAGCCUACUCAUUCCACGUAUCCGCGGAAGGGCAAAUGCAGCCCGUGCCCUUUCCCCCCGACGCGCUGAUGGGCCCCGGGAUCCCGCGGCACGCGCGGCAGGUGUCGGCGCUGGCGCACGGCGAGGUGGUGUGCGCGGUGACGGUGUCGUCGCCCACCAAGUACGUGUACACGGGCGGCAAGGGCUGCGUCAAGGUGUGGGACAUCAGCCAGCCGAGCAAGGCGCCCGUCAGCCAGCUGGACUGCUUGCAAAGAGACAACUACAUCAGAUCGGUGAAGCUGCUGCCCGACGGGCGCACGCUGAUCGUGGGCGGGGAGGCGUCCAACCUGUCCAUCUGGGACCUGGCGUCGCCCACGCCGCGCAUCAAGGCCGAGCUCACCUCCUCCGCGCCCGCCUGCUACGCGCUGGCCAUCAGCCCCGACUCCAAGGUGUGCUUCAGCUGUUGCUCCGACGGCAACAUCGCGGUGUGGGACCUGCACAACCAGACUCUGGUGCGGCAGUUCCAGGGGCACACGGACGGCGCCUCCUGCAUCGACAUCUCGGCCGACGGCACCAAGCUGUGGACCGGCGGCCUCGACAACACUGUGCGGUCGUGGGAUUUGAGAGAAGGCAGACAGUUACAACAGCAUGACUUCAGCUCUCAAAUCUUCUCGUUGGGAUACUGCCCUACAGGCGAGUGGCUAGCGGUGGGCAUGGAGAACAGCAACGUGGAGGUGCUGCACGCGGUGAAGCCGGACAAGUACCAGCUGCACCUGCACGAGUCGUGCGUGCUGUCGCUGCGCUUCGCCAGCUGCGGCAAGUGGUUCGUGUCCACCGGCAAGGACAACCUGCUCAACGCCUGGCGCACGCCCUACGGCGCCAGUAUAUUCCAGUCAAAAGAAUCAUCAUCAGUACUAAGCUGCGAUAUCUCCUCCGACGACAAAUACAUCGUGACGGGUUCAGGCGACAAGAAGGCCACAGUGUACGAAGUGAUCUACUAGUGAGCGAACAAACGUGACUGUGCCUAGCGGACGUUCUCUGAGCGACAGUGGUGAUAUAGUUAUAGUGUAUGUAUAGAGUAUAUUGGGAAGCCUGUAUGUACUUAUGCGACUUGUUUAUAUAGAUUAGUGUGCGCGGUUUAUGUUUAUUUGUUGAGCGCCGGUAGUGUAUGUUGGCAGCAGAUCUCAAAAUGAUGAUUUCGUUUCAAUAUUGUUGUAAAAUGCUCGUAUUAAAGAAAAAAUAUGCGCAAAUUAA